AUGGUUCACCGACUAUUCAAGAACAUUGUACCCAAAACGAAUCUAAAAAAUGUGAGUUUGGAUUUAUUAAAGAAUUACACCACAUUGUUUGCAAUACGGCAUUUAUUAGACAGUGGCAUAGAUUUGAGGUUAUAUACACAGAACAGAGGAUUUAUGAAUCUACCAAAACAUCUGCGACGCUUGAUGAGCAACUGGUUCAUUAUUACAAAAGAUAAUAUCGAUAUUAAUGAUGAUGCGAGCGAAGUAAUGGUACUUAAAGUCUAUUCACCAGACGAACAAAUUUCUAAUAUAUUGUUAAAGAAGCGCAUUUUCCGAAGAAACGUUGUGAUAUCGCCAUUGUUGAAUAUUAAUGCAGAACUGAAACUAGCUUAUGAAGACCUUGGAGACGAUUCUGUGAUACUUGACAUCACACCAUCAUUCUUCGAAUUUGCGAGUUUUAUCUUUGAAAAUGAAAGAGAUAAUACUAUUCUGCGCCAUUUACAUAUCGGGGAUGUUGUAUCGAUCAAUUUCGGAAAUGGAAACAAUUUUGAGAUUAUAAGAGCGAUAUUUUGUCAUCAAAAGAACGACCUUAGAUUUGCAUUUGUUAUCGUUGAUUGGUUUGAGGAAUUAAAUCGAACAAGGCUAGGUUGUCCAAUGUAUCAGUUACAAAAGACACAUACUAAUCAGCAAAGAGUUUUUUCUAUUAGUUUAGUAAAUGCGAUUAAAAUAGUGCAUUUCGUUCAUUGUUGA